AUUAGGGUAGUGCAAGCAAAGGACAGACCAAUCAUCGUUGCCAAACACAUCCCUCGUCAAAUGUUUUCCUUUUGAUUUUUAUUUUUGAGCUUGCAGCUCAACUUUACUUUCCGGCGCACUAAGUCAGAACAUCGAUGGACCGGUCGGAGACGAUUGCCGUCAAACACGAACCCAUGACCGUUGACUCUCCUGCAUCUAUCGAAAGGCCUCCUCUUGCUCGACCUCCAAAGCUUGUAGUCUUAGCUGACCUCAAUUUCAAUCCUCCUGAGGCUGAUGAUAUUGACUCAUCCAUUCAAAUCCCUACUCCUCCCAUCGCUAGGUUGAAUAACGAGGAAAAUUAUCAAGAGGGAAGUACAUUAACAUGCAAGGAGGUGGAACCAGGAGAAGUAGAUGCCAAAAAGAGCAGCAAGGUGGGGAAGUGCCGCUCGAGAAGUAAGAUUGAGGGUUCCUCUGACUGUGGAGUUGAUGCAGAUGGUGAUCAGGCUAAUCAAGGGGUCCCUGCAUCCCGGGAAGAAAAAAUCAGUAACCUCAAAAUGGGUCUGAUUCAUGUUGCAAGGAAGAUGCCCAAAAAUGCUCAUGCCCAUUUUAUUCUUGGUCUAAUGUUCCAAAGACUGGGCCAAUCUCAGAAGGCGAUACCAGAAUAUGAGAAAGCUGAAGAGAUCUUACUGGGUUGUGAGCCAGAAAUUGCUCGACCAGAACUACUCUUGUUAGUUCAAAUUCACCAUGGACAGUGUAUUCUUUUGGAUGGUUUUGGGGAUACAGACUCUUUUAAAGAGCUUGAGGGAGACGAACUUGAGGAAAUUCUAUCAAAAUUAAAGGAUUCUAUAAAGUUAGAUGUUCGACAGGCUGCCGUGUGGAAUACCCUUGGCUUAAUGCUUCUCAAAGCUGGUUGUUUGAUGAGUGCCAUAUCGGUUUUGUCAUCUUUGUUGGCGCUUGUCCCUGACAAUUAUGAUUGCCUUGCAAACCUUGGAGUUGCUUAUCUUCAAAGUGGCGAUAUGGAGCUUGCAGCAAAAUGUUUUCAAGAUUUGGUACUGAAAGACCAUAACCAUCCUGCCGCUUUGAUUAAUUAUGCUGCUGAGCUUCUCUGCAAACACAGUUCAACUGUCGCUGGUGCCGGGGCUAAUGGUGGUACUGGUGCUUCUGAAGAUCAGAAGGCAUGUAUGAAUGUCGCAAAGGAAUGUCUCUUAGCUGCUCUAAGAUCAGAUCCAAAGUCUGCCCAUACGUGGGUGAAUCUUGCUAAUUCAUAUUAUAUGAUGGGUGAUCACAGAAGUUCUAGCAAAUGUUUGGAGAAGGCAGCCAAGCUUGAUCCCAACUGUAUGGCUACUAGAUUUGCUGUUGCUGUCCAACGAAUCAAAGAUGCGGAAAGGUCUCAGGAUGCAAGCGACCAGCUUUCAUGGGCUACCAACGAGAUGGCUUCAGUGAUAAGAGAAGGAGAAUCUGUUCCAAUUGACCCUCCCAUUGCUUGGGCAGGGCUUGCCAUGGCUCACAAAGCACAGCAUGAAAUUGCAGCUGCUUUUGUUUCUGACCGAAAUGAUUUAACGGAGAUGGAAGAGCGGGCAGUGUACAGCUUAAAGCAGGCUAUAACAGAGGAUCCUGAAGAUGCUGUCCGGUGGCACCAGCUCGGUCUUCAUAGUCUCUGUUCUCAACAAUAUAAGGUCUCCCAAAAAUACCUCAAGGCAGCAGCGGGUCGUUCUAGAGAAUGUAGCUAUGUGUGGUCAAAUCUCGGUAUCUCACUACAUUUAUCAGACGAACAUUCAGAAGCCGAGGAAGUAUACAAGCGAGCCUUGGCUGUGUCAACAGAGGAUCAAGCUCACACGAUAUUCUCUAACCUCGGGAACCUUUAUCGACAAAAAAAGCAGUACGAAGUCUCCAAAGCAAUGUUCUCAAAGGCGUUGGAACUCAAACCGGGUUAUGCACCUGCAUACAACAACCUUGGACUUGUGUUUGUGGCUGAACGGAGGUGGGAAGAAGCUAAGUCCUGUUUCGAGAAAUCCCUUGAAGCUGAUUCAUUGCUUGAUGCAGCACAAUCUAACUUGCUUAAAGCCACAACCAUGUCAAGGCUCUGUACUUGCUUCUCUUCUUCAACUGUUGUUCGAGAUUCUUGACGUUCUGUAUUACUUAUUUUGUGGUUUUGUGGGUUCACAAUUUAUCUGUCUUAAAUAGUAUUACUGCAAGAGGCUUUGAAUCUAAAGAAACAUUUGCCUA